ACGAAAACAACCUCGAAACGUAUAUCUUCGCAGCUCUUUAAAAUGUAAAAAAUAUGUUAAGAUUGUGUUAUUUAUAGUAUUAAAUAGUGAACAAAAAUAUCAAAAUGUCUCACACACAACUGCUUACCGUCACAACCCGGCUAUGUUGGUUAAACAGCAUGAAAUACGAGUGUAAAUAUUUACGUAAUGCAACCAAAGUUUUAGUAAGAUGUAAAGGCACAAAUGCUGCUAGAAAGAAGACUGCGAGCUCUGUGUACCGCACUAUGAACAUAUUUGACAGAGAGGCGAAGAUUCUGCAAAGGGAGCGGUCAGCGCAGAGGGAAGAUUAUCAUUUGGCAGAAUAUAUAAAAGAAGAGGUUGGAUGGCGUACGGCUGAUAGAAUAUUGGAUAUUAAGAGGCUAUUUAAAAAUGCUGUGGAGCUUGGCGCAGGCCGCGGCUAUGUCUCCAGACACCUUCUACCAGAUUCUGUAGAGAAAGUCACACUCUGUGAUACAUCACAAACACACCUUGACAAAGCUAUCAUUGGGGAUGGAGUGCAGUUUGAGAAGCGGGUCAUGGAUGAGGAGAAAAUUGAUUUGCCCGAGGACAGCAUGGACCUGGUAGUGUCUUCGCUGUGUCUGCACUGGGUCAAUGACUUACCUGGCACUUUUGACAAAAUUAUGAAUGUGCUGAAACCUGAUGGUGCAUUCCUAGCAUCUCUAUUCGGUGGUGACACCCUCAUGGAGCUCCGACAGUCCCUCCAACUAGCAGACACGGAGAGAUUGGGAGGCAUGGCUCCACACAUCUCCCCAUUCGUACGAGUGCGGGACAUAGGCGGGCUUUUGAAUGCGAGCGGCUACACUUUACAAACCGUCGACGUGGACACGAUCACAGUGUGGUACCCGAGCGCGUGGCACGCGAUGAAAGACCUGCGCGCGCUGGGCGAGGCGAACGCGGCGUUUAACCGCCCGCUGCGGUUGAACCGCGACGUGCAGUUCGCCGCCGCGGCGAUUUACGAAGAGAUGUAUGGGAAGGACUUACCCGAGCACAAAUCCCACGGAGUACCCGUGACCUUCGAGAUCGUGAACCUCCUCGGUUGGAAGCCUUCUCCCAACCAGCCGCAGCCUUUACCCCGCGGUUCCGGACAGCUCUCCCUUAAGGACCUCCACCGCAUCGACGAAAUUGUGAAGGAUGUGAAGACUGUUGAACUUAGUGAUGAUGAUAAGAAAUAAAUUGUUCAAUGU